CGCCUGCCGCCUGCGCUCCCACCCCGCGCCGCCAGGGGGCGUCCGGCCUCCCGCGCCGGCUCCGCGUCCAGGGAGGGCGGAAGCGGCCGUCUAGCCGGCGCCUUAUAGGCCUCUCUUGUGCUUCCUGUUUCCUCUUUCACCACCGGGGACCCGCCACCAUGGGCCGCGUUCGCACCAAGACUGUGAAGAAGGCGGCCCGGGUCAUCAUCGAGAAAUACUACACGCGCCUGGGCAACGACUUCCACACCAACAAGCGCGUGUGCGAGGAGAUCGCCAUCAUCCCCAGCAAGAAGCUCCGGAACAAGAUCGCGGGCUAUGUCACGCACCUGAUGAAGCGGAUCCAGAGGGGCCCCGUGAGAGGCAUCUCCAUCAAGCUGCAGGAGGAGGAGAGGGAGAGGAGAGACAACUACGUGCCCGAGGUCUCGGCCCUGGAUCAGGAGAUCAUUGAGGUUGAUCCUGACACAAAGGAAAUGCUGAAGCUCUUGGACUUUGGCAGUCUGUCCAACCUGCAGGUCACUCAGCCCACAGUGGGGAUGAAUUUCAAAACACCGCGUGGAGCCGUUUGAAUCUUUUGCUAUGCUGUAAUAUUCUCAAUAAACCUUGGACAACUU